AUAAAUGUCAAAAUAAUUUAUGUGAAAAAUUAAAUAUAUAUCCAAAAAAAAAAAAAAUCAAAAUAUCAAUAAUUUUAUUAAUUAAAUCUUAUAAUUAUAAAAUUUGUAGAUAAUAAACGUGUAAAACGUUGAUGAAUUUUAAUAAAACUUUAUAAAAAACAACCCCAUAUGAAUAUUAUACUCGUAUUGUAUAACUAACAUUCUUUUUAAUUCACAAAAAUAUAAUUCACUUAAAAAUAGUUCAAAUUAAUGACUAAAACAAAAAUAUAUCUUGGGGGAGAUUGAUUGAUGAUGACAUGUUGUCGCCGACAAUAGCUGGACAAACCUUAAAAAAUUUAACAAAAAUUACAUACACUCUUAUAACGAGCUAAAAUUUAAUUCAGCCGCAAUCAUUUGUAUAGAACUAUAUAUAGUAUAUUAAAACCAAAACUAAAAUGUAGUGUGUGAUUAAAUUAUUGAUUAAUAUUAUUGAUUUAAAUUAUAUAACAUAUUUAUACAAUAUUACGUUACAUAUAUAUUUAUGUAUAUAUAUAUAAUAUUGUGUAAAAUCAAAAAAAAAUCAAGUGAAACCAAAAACACAAAAAAAAAAUAAAGCGGAAAUUCAGGAAAAUGUGUAGGAUCAGGAAAUAAGUAACGAAAAAAGAAAUGUAUUCGUUAUAUGGAAGAAAUUCAACAAAAUAAAAAGGAAGAAAAUGAUUUCAACGUUGAAGAGGAGAGGCACAGUACUACUGGUGGUGAUGGUGGUGGUGGUAGUGAAGAUUUAACUGAAAAAUGCGAUGAAACUAUUAAAGAUGAACUAUCAUCGUUAUUAUCAUCAUCACCAGCAUCACCAUCAUCAAAAAGAAAUACAUCAAAAUCGUUACAAAGAAUAAAUAAUAUUUUAUCAUUAUUAAAUCAACAACCAUCAUUUAAUUUUAAAAGAGCUACCACAUCAAAUAUAAAUACACCAAUAUCAAGUAAUCAAGAACGUAGUAAUAACAAAAAGAAGAAUAAUAAUAAUAUUAAUAAUAAUUGUAAUAAUAAUAAUAAUAAUAGCAAUAAUAACAAUAAUAAUAAUAAAAAUAAUAAUAAUAAAAAUCAUAGUAUAACAUCAUUAAUAGUGAGAACUGCAAACAUUAGCAAACAAUUAGAAGAAGUUAUUGAAGAACUAUUAGCAGGAAAUACUGAAUCAACAAAAUUCAACGAAAAUUCAUGCAACUCAAACAAUAUGUAUAAAAAAUCUAACUUGCAACAACAAUUACAAAAACAAUGUGAAUCAGAAGAAAACGUACCAAAUAAUAUCUAUAAUGAAUUUCAAGAUAAUAGAAACAAAUCUAAUAAAAUUUAAUCAAAUGCCUAAUAAUAAUAUACAAUCUGAAUUGUGUGAUUUAAGACAAAAAGAUAUUAUUAUGGAAUUAGGAAAUGAUGCGAAAAUUGAUAACAAUCAACAUAGUGAUUUGAAUGUCGCCAAAAAAUAAACAAAGUGAAGAGAUGGUAUUAAAAGAAGAAAGGAAAAUUAUAUCAAAAUUUUUGACAGAAUAUAAAACAUAAGUUGCGCCAAUAUUAACGUCUUCUCCUGCCUCUUCUUCUGCUUCUUCUUCUUCAUUAUCAUCGACAUCAUCAUUAGCAUUGAAACAAUUAUUGUCAUCAUCAUCACUAUCAGCAUCAUCACCACUAUGAACUAUAUUACCAUCAACUUCAACUGCAACUGGGAUUAUUAAUACAAAAAAUUUAUGUUAUCAUAAUUUAUCUCUUCAAAAUCAGCAAAAGCAUCAGCAACAAUAACUGAAACACAUAAACAUCUAGCAUUAAGAAAAUCAUAAAUAGAAAUAAAAAGUAACAAAAAAAAAUGAAGAAGAUGAUAAACAAGAUGAAAAUGAUAAAACAAUUAUAGUUAAUGCAAUAAAUAUGAAAAAUCAAUAUUAAUUCCUCCUCCUUCAUCAUUGAUGGGAGUUAGACCAGCUAUAACCGUAACAACUACAUCACAAAAAACAACAGCAAGUGAAAAUACAACAAUGUUGUCUUCAACAUCAAUUGUUGAAUAAUAGAUGAUACAUACAAUUCAAAAAAAUAAAAAAUAAAAUAAAAAACCAUGAAAAAAAUGAAACAAUAGAAAAUUCAUUUUUAUAUAAAAAUCUUAAAUUGAUAAUGUUAUAUAAUGUUAAAUUUCAAAAUACAAAGAUGAAAGUAAAGUCAAUGUGCUAAUAUAUGUACCUUCAUAUUCAAAUAUCAAUUAACACCAUGAUUUCAAAUUUCAGGAGCAUACUAUUUUAUAUUACGUAUGUAUAUUUAUUAUAUUAUAUAAUAUAAUAUUGCAUAAUUUACCUAGUUGCAUUUAUGAACUGAAUUGUACAAUUAAAACACUGUAGUACAUUGUGCAUAGAUAUUUUUAUAUACAUAUAGUGCGUAUAUAUAUGUAUGUAUAGUAUUAUUUAACUUAACGAGACAAAUUAUUUUAUAAAUAAUAUUCAAAAGAUUAAUUUUCUUAUAUAAAAACAAAAGAGAUUAUUAUCUUGAAAAAUGAAUGUCAGUAAAAUUACGAUAGUUUAUAUAAUUAAUAUUAAAAAAUUAUUAUUGUAACUAUUAUUACCAUUAUAUUUAUUAUUAUUAUUAUAAAAGAGAAAUAAUUUCAUACAAAAUAAUUUAUGUCCCUGUACACAUGUCAUUGCUUCAAUAGUUAAAGUAAAUCUCUGUUUUUUUUUUUAAUUGUUGCACCCAUAAAACCAAAUUACAAAAAUACUUCAUUACAAUACCCAAUUCAAUUUAUAAGUCAAAAAUUUAUCAACUGUAUUUUGAAUAUAAAAUUGCAGAUAUGUAUGUAUCUGGUGUUCACCAUAAUACAAUUCCAGUUUCAACUUGGCUUAUAAUAAUUUUCAUAGCUAAAUAAGUCACAUUGAUAUUAGAUUUUAAUUUUUAUAAACAUCCUUUAAUAAAAUAUUGAAUUAUUGUAACAUAAGCGGCAGAACAUGAGAUUAUUGAUUUGACAUUUUUUUUCGUCUUUUUUUAAAUAAAAUAUAUAUGUAUAAUGAGAAUAAAUGCGCUAGAUUUAAAAAUAUAUGAAAAAUAUAUAUGUUAAAAUUAAUAUAAAAUUAUAGAAAAAAUAUCAUAAUUAAUAUUACACAAAAUAACACAUACGAAAAAUGUAAUAUAUUUCAUAUUUAUCUCCACACUAUAAUAAUUUACAUAUAAUCAAUUAAUAAGAAAUACACAAAUAUAUUAGGUCAGAAGGCAAAGCUUCUUAUUAAGUUGAAAAAUUAAAUUUUUAGCAAGAUGAUUUUAUAUUAGACAUUUUUUAUUUUUUAUCUAAGGAUAUUUCUGAAAAUAUAGUUAAAAUUAGAACUAGAAAACUUUAAAGCCAUAAUAAUAAUUUGUAAAUAAAGCUCUGAAAAUUUACAGUUCUAACCUUAAGUGUUUCUUCUUCAAAAACCUCUUCUGUUUGAUAUUUUAAUUCAGCAUUUUUGUUUUUUUUAAUUCACUGCAAAAUUAGAAUUCUCACCUUUUUUUUAAUACAUUCUUUUUUCAAAAUAUCGGCUGACAUUUUCAAAAGUACGAUUGUAUGAAAAAUGGCAGAAGCGAAAAAAAUUUUAAUUCAAAAUUUGAUGCUCUAAAAAUAAACAUCUAUAAAUAUAUAUAUAUAUAUGUAUAACAUUUAAUGCUCUAUAAAUAAACAGUUAGUAAUAUUUUUUCAUUCAUAAUUUUUAAGUUUGAAAUUAUGUACAUAAUAUGUAAAAAUUCCAAUAAAUUUUUAUAUGAAACAAUGCAACCUUGGCUUCCAGACUGAAGUAAUACAAAUAAUUCACCUUGUCAGUUGUAAUUACUGAAUUAUGUCUUAACAUUGUAUUGCUCUGAAUUUCGGAAUCCAAGGUAAAUUUCAAAAUUACCAAAACUUUUAUUCAAAAUUUAUUGUCUUCAUUAAUAUAUUAACAGUGGUAGUAAAAAAUAAUAAAAUUAAACAAUCUUAUAGUGCCAAAAUAUAUAUAUAUAAUAAAUGACAAAAAAAAAAACACAUAUAAAAAAAUUGAAAUUGUUUCUAAAUUUUCAAAAAAAAAAUAUCAUACUCUCAUUAAUUGUGUUUUGUAAAACUAAAUCCACCGAAAUAAUAUAAAAGAAAAAAAAUUUUCUUUUUUACCAUCACCAUCAAAUGG